GAGGGUGCGUGAUAUUAAGAAAGAGAUGAUAAAGAGAUUAGUCCAGAUUUGGGAACUGGGAUCACCACAGCUCUGCAGCCCUGACACACUCCACGCAAGAUGAACAAAGGUCCCGCUGCUAUUAAUAGCACCGCCAGCCCAGCCCGUGCUAACGGUAGCUAUGCUAAGUGUGGCAAGAGGAGUGAGAAAGUGUCUGAAUCUAACCCUGGGAGUGGCAGACCACAGGACAGAGACCGCAAGAGCAGACACAGACCGGAACACGUCAACACACACAGCCAGGACCCCAGAGAGAAACCUGUCCCCGUCUCCACCUCCAACGGGGCCGCACGUACCCAUCAGCGGCGAUGGUCAGCUGACUUCUGCAAGUGUGGGACGUCCCCCGUCAUCAUUGUGACCAAGAACAAGAAGGAACCGCAGCCUCCUCAGCGUGGAGUCUCCCUCCUCCGACCCCACACAGCCUCCUCCCGUUAUUCAGACAAACGCAACUCCUGCCCCCCCAUUGGGGUCUGUAGCUCACCAAGUCACUCAUCUUCCUCUACCUCCUCCUCAUCUUCUUCCUGCUCCUCUCCUCCCCCUGUCCAGACAUCUGUCAUCACCGGCCACGACCCCCGAGGGUGGAAGUUGCGCCCCAAGUCCAGUGCUGCCUCCCCGCGGGCCCGUGCUAACAGGCUGUCUCUGCAGAUCCCCCUCCCAGACAUCUAUCAUGAACCUGAGUCCAGUGCUGCUGCUAACGCUCAGUCAGUCAACACAGCUCUUCCAGAUCGCUCUCCUACAACCAAACCCCCCAUCUGGCCCAAGCCGUCCCGUCGCCGCCACUCCGACUCCUCCGCCUUCCUCAGGUCUCUGGCGAGCCCUCUGCCCGUGGUGACGCUCGAGGAGCUCUCCGCCGUGAAUCUCCGCGCCGUUGGCCUUUUGGAUGAGUGUGACGAUGUCUUCGGCGGGGGGGAGGAAGAGGAGGUGAAGAUGAACACUCGGCCGCGCAAAAUAGCGCCCGCGGUUCCAGAGAAAACCGCCAUGGCAAGACAAAUAGCACAACUAAUGGCACAGUCACGCCAACGCCGCAGGCCUGUUACAGCCAACGGGGAAAUCCCUUACACCAGAGUUAUAAAGCCAAAACCUGCUCACCGGGCGAAGGAGCGCAGCGGCCUGAAUGCAACAAUAACUGGGCGGCGUGGGGACGCCAGCCGGGACAGGGAGAGGACCAACCCCCGCUUCCCUGGCUGAGGACACUCCGUUAACCUGCAACAACUACCAGCGGCUAUUGUACAGAUCACAGCACAUACAGUAUGGGCUGGGGAUGGGACAUGGGGCAAUAUAUCGAUCAAUUGAUCGAUAUAUGAGGCUACAUAUUGUCUUAUUUUGGAUAUCUUAAUAUCGUAAUAUGACAACUGUUGUCAUUUCCUAGU